AUGAACUGGGGCUUUUUGGAGAACGUUCUUAGUGGGGUGAACAAGUACUCUACUGUGAUCGGGCGCAUCUGGCUCUCUGUGGUCUUUCUCUUCAGGAUCUUGGUGUAUGUGGCGGCGGCCGAGCAGGUGUGGAAGGAUGAGCAGAAGGAUUUUGUGUGCAACACUCAGCAGCCCGGCUGUGAAAACACUUGCUUCGAUCACUUCUUCCCCAUCUCACAGGUGCGCCUCUGGGCUCUGCAGCUCAUCAUGGUGUCCACCCCGUCCCUGCUGGUGGCCCUGCAUGUGGCCUACAGGGAGCACCGGGAGGCCAAACACAAGCGGAAACUGUACAAGGACAAAGGGAGCAUUGAUGGAGGUCUGUUCUGCACCUACAUCAUCAGCCUGGUCUUCAAGAUAACCUUCGAGGCAGGCUCCCUGCUCGCUUUCUACUUCCUGUACAAAGGCUUUGAGGUGCCCAUGCUGCUGCGCUGCAGCCAGAGUCCCUGUCCCAACACGGUGGACUGUUACAUUGCCAGAGCCACGGAGAAGAAGAUCUUCCUCUACAUCAUGGGUUGCGCAUCCAUUCUGUGUAUCGCUCUGAAUUUUGUGGAACUCUUGUACAUUGUAUGGAAGCACUUGUGGAAAUGUUUCACCAGGCGGUACGUCCCAGUGAGGGAGAGGGCUGUCAGUCAGGCAGCUGUUUCCAUUGUCAACCAGCUCGUCUCGGCUGAGCCCACAGUAAACACAAAGGACAGCAACACUCAGACUGCAGACACUGCGGAAAACCAGCCCGUCUCGUCCUAAAGGGCCGGGACUGACCGAGAGCUCAUGUUCACAUCUCAAAGUGAAACCUGACAAACUAACAUGGACACUGCUCACGCGUUUCAGUUUUCUACGCUGUAAAAAGAAGUUUAAAAAUGUAAUGGUACAGUUGGGCCUAAACUAAGAAAGGCAAUGGUGAGCUGUAUCAUUUAUUAGUGUGAACAGAUUCUAAUCACAGAUAUUUACCGUCAACAGUCAAAACACUAAUGAAAGAUACCUUAUGUCAUUACACUUCACAUGAACUCUCCAAAUCUUAUAUUCAGUUUUACUGGAGACAUGAAUUUGACAAAUCUUUAACUAUAAC